CGGGCAUAAGAGGAGGUACACCAUGGGGAGGUCACGCUCAAGAAGCAGGACACCUAAGAGACACAAGAGCAAGAGGUCACAUAAGAGAAGGUCGAGGUCUAGAGAGAGGGAGCGGCGCAGACAUAGAGACCGAGAGAGGUCCAAGGAACGACCCUCCAAGGCCAGCCGUAAAUUGUCACGCUCGUCUUCUUCAUCCACAACCAGUGAUGAAGAGCCAAGAACGAGAGAAAAGAAGAUUGACGAAGUUGACAGAUUGGCUGAACUAGAAAGAGUUAGGAGGCAGAGAGAAGCAGAACAGAAAAUGGUAGAGGAAGUUGCAGCUAAAAGACUGGAAGAGUUAGUAGCACGUAGAGUGGAAGAGGAAUUGGAACGGAGACGAGAUGAAAUAGAAGCUGAAGUGUUACGUCGAGUGGAGGAGGCUAAGCGCCUCAUGGAACAGCAGAUGCUAGAGGAGCUACAAGAAAAGCGUCGUCAGCAAGAAGAGGAUCAGAAGAAGCGAGAGGUAGAGCUUCUCUCCCUGGGCUUCACCGGGGAUUUUUUGCUGGCUUUGUUGAGCCUCAUUUGCAGGAGCUCUAGUGUGCAGAUUUCUAGGGAGGGAUUGUUUUACAGUGCUCCUAGCUUCAUUCUCAGUAUGGGAGAGACUGAUGGGCUGCUUUCUAGGCCAAUAUUUAUGCAGUUACCAAUUUCAGGAAGGCUAAAGCUUUUGCACCUGAGAGGGAACCAGGGAGGGUAAUUCAUGAAAGGAAAACAUUGGGUGAAGCUGAUAUGAAUUUUAUGAAUCUUUUAAAUUAAUGUUCAUUAAGAGAGCUGUAAACAAAUACUGUAACUUAAUGUGAUGCAAUGCCUUAGUAGCUUUUGGUCUUUUUUUUUUCCUGGGACUUUACAGUGAUUUCUGUAUAAAAAAUGUAUUGUAUUCAACAUUUAAAUCAGGAGUAACAGGAUUAAUAAAUUUCUACAGUAGGUUAUCAGAAAAAAAACAGCAAAAAUAAAAGUAUACAGUAAUACAAUUGUCUAAUAACUGUUAUUUAAUUCAUAAUUAGGUAAAAGAUGAUAGAUCAAUAAAUUUCCAUUCUGCAUGAAGACUAACUCACACUCUUUCAGCUGAUUCUUUGUGUUUUGAAAGUGAAAUGUGAAUUUGAGCCAUUUAAAGAUUCCAGAGAUGUGCUGUACAAACUUUGUAAUCUCUGGUAUGUGAUGCAGUUUAACCAUGUUGCUCCCAGACAGUUAUCAAGUUGAGUGUGAAGUGACUGGCUGUUGUCUUUUUUUCCCUCACUGUCUCCCAUUUGUGUUGUAUCAUUAUACUGUUGUAUACAUGUAUUUCCUUAUAAAUAUUAUGUAUCUCCUUCAUAUUCCUAAUCAUAUGUACUGUAUGCGUGUGUAUAUGGUUGUGAGUAUGAUUUGUUCAUGUUUGUCUGGAAAAACACAAACAUAGCAGUGUGGCAAUGAGGCACUUUAGUGGACAACCACUGUAAACAGACUAGACAUAAUAAUGGCGGCUUGCAACCAAGAAUUGUCAGCUGCGGAUUUUAGGCCAGAGCAGUUCUAGGAGUGGAUUUGACGGCAUCUUUAUGGUAACUAUAUAACAGGUAUAGUGAUUUUUACAAUGGAUGCAGCAUAAAUUCAUUAAGCUAGUAUGUUUCCAUUAUAUAAUUAAACAAUUAUAGAACCUGGAGUCUUGAAUUAUAUUUAUUUUUCAGUACAGUACAUGGUGAACUAAAAUGCAGAAUUUUCAUGGCUUGCAGUGGAAGCUUGCCAGUUUAAUGGGUUUUGUUGUGUCUAGAUUCUUCUUGCAAAGUAUCAGCAACUUCUGUUUAGUUUGUUACUUAGGAGUUCAAUUAAAUUGUUCUUAUGGAUCCUUUGCAGGGAGAUUUUUUUACUGUGUCUUGUGUCUUAGUGUUUGCAGUAAGCAUGUUGUAUAUAAGAAAAUGUCAUACUUCUUUUCAAUGUUGAAUACUCAGACCAACAUGCUUGCUAAUAGAAUUAUUUAACUCUGAAUUAAGUACUAUUUUAAAGUCUGUAUUGUCAUAUAUUUCCCUUUGCCUUUGUACCCAUUGUGACCAUUGAUGUUUGAUAUGAAUUUCAUUUUAUGGUAGUUAUUUUCUGCUAGCUACUAGAUACCUUCACUUCUUUGCCAUCAGCUCCUGUGUACAGACUCCUUAAUAAUAUAUUUUUUAUAAAAUACUUAACCAAAAUGCUGUUUAUUAAGCUUUUAGAAAAACCUAGAUUGUUCGAGGUUUACGUAUGUCCUUUAAUGUAUAUUUACAAAUAUACGUUUUUAAAGAUAUAUGUACAUCUCACAAUAUUUAUUUACAUACAGAAUAUGAAGCAAUGUUUGCUUGGGAUAGAGGUUAUUCAGCAUAGCUGAUCAAACUUUUUUUUUUUUUUUUUUUUUUUUUUUUAUACUGUGCAUUACACCAAAAAGAGAAAUUUAAAAGUUGUUAGAUUGAAGAAGUGUUGGUGUCUGGUAACUAGCUUCCAUUUACAUGACCACCAGACUUAAUAAAUUCUGACACUGUGUGACGCCUCAUUCUGCUUUCUAGGAGGAGGAACGUAAGCAACGUGAGGAACUGGAACGGAUUAUGGAAGAGAAUAAGCGGAAGAUAGAAAUUGCACAGAUGAAAUUGGUACGU